AUGGCGAGCCUGCAAGUCCGGAACCCGGACUUCUCCUCUUCCAAGCUGAAAGCGGUGGAAGAUGCGAAGAAGAUGCAGGCAAUUGUGGAGGACGAAUGCAACAAAGCCGGAAAGGAUGUGCCGCCCUACCAACUGGAAGAACUCAUUGGGAAGGGAAACUACGGUCGGGUCUACAAGGCGACCGACCUGAAAUCAAAGCAGAUCGUCGCCGUCAAAAUCAUCAACAUUGAGGAGAGCGACACACUUAACCCCAGGCUCGCUGACACGUACAGCGAGUUUAUGAAAGAAUUCAGCGCCCUGAAACGCCUCAGCGACAGCGGUGCCAAAAACGUUAACCUUACCCUUGACGUGCUCCCUGUGGGCCAGGCCAUGUGGAUGGUCACCGAGUACUGCGCUGGAGGAAGCGUGGCGACUUUGAUGAAGCCGACAGCACCGGGUGGUCUGCAAGAGAAGUGGAUCAUACCAAUUGUGCGAGAAGUGGCUGAAGCUAUCUACUGGGUGCACAAGGAAGGUAUUAUCCAUCGCGACAUCAAGAGCGCAAAUGUGCUGGUCACUGAGGCCGGCGGAGUUCAGCUGUGCGACUUUGGCGUCGCCGGCAUUAUUGAGUCAAAGCUCGACAAGCGCACCACCUUUAUCGGCACCCUUCACUGGAUGGCCCCAGAGCUAUUCGACCCAAAUCCUUCCUACAGCACGCCCGUCGACAUCUGGGCAUUUGGCUCCCUGGUGUACGAGCUCGCCUCGGGCCUUCCUCCAAACGUUAUGGCCGGGUUUAACAUACCCCAGCUCGGCCACUAUAUCAAAACUCACUGUCCCCGACUAGAGGGCGACCAAUACUCAGACCAGAUCAAGGAUCUGGUGGCUUUCUGCUUUGUUGAAGACCCGGCGAAGCGGCCUACGAUCCAAGAAAUCCAGAAACAUCCCUAUAUUUUCAAUACCAGCGACGCCUACCCGACUUCUACCCUUGCCAAUUUGGUCAAGGCUUACAAGCUCUGGGAGGCCCAAGGCGGAAUCAGAAAGUCCCUCUUCGCGCCCAUCGGCUCACAAGGACCCUCGGAUUACCCAGCCACAGGUCCGGCCAGUGACGAGUGGAACUUCAGCACCACAGUCGACUUUGACCGGCAGGUGAUGGACUCCGACGCCCAGGCCGUGUACGAUGUCUACGGGUCCAACGUUGACUUUGAGUUCAAUGAGCCGACAUCGCGGCCUGCUAAGCCCAAGUCGCGACGCCGGUUGCCCCCGCAACUCCAGCCAGUCAAGGCGCCGCUCGAAAAGGUGUUUGACCCCAACACAAUCUCUAACUACGAGGACAACUCUCGUGCAUACUACGGCAAGGCUCCUCCUCCACCAACCUCAACGGCGUCGGAUCUUCCUCUCCGCGAUGAUUCACUACACUCGACGCUCCGAGAGUCGCUCAUCGACCUCGACGCAUCGCUUCACGACGGAGGCGAUCUUUCGCAGUUUGUCGAUAUGGAGACCAUCCGGGCCGGAAUGCGUGUUCCCAGCGAACCAGACCUUGACGACUACACGGAUCUCAACAAGCCGCCAUUGAGCGACCCGGCCGACUUGAACCCCAACCGCCGAACACAAGACUGGAAAUUCCCGACCAUGGCUCCACCGGCGUCGGCCAAUCCCGAAAUGUCGCGGUUCCCAUUCCACGAAGAGCGCCCUAGCAUAUCCGGUCCUAGCGGGCGGCCCCCGAUGAUGCACCAUCCUACCGACGCGCUCCGGCAGCUUUCCGAGCCGUACGACCUUAUGCAGUCGAACACCCAAGACAACCGCAUCUCCGUGGGCAGCCUGAUCGACCUCGACGAAAGCCUGCCGAUGCCAGAGCUUACCCGACCCUCGACAGCAAAUUCGGACGCGGCAUCGAUCAGCGGCUCGGAGCUUGGCGGCGCCAACCCUUUCGACCUGGAACGCCACGCCUCCUUCUACCAGCCUUCUCAACCCACGGCGCGCGAACCAUCCAUCUACGUCUCGGACGACGGCGAGUUCACCCGCCUGGCAGCCAGGCCCCCACCCAACGAGGACAACCAGUCGGUCAUGACAGAUUUCGGCCCUUCCAACGGCAGCAUCACCAGCUCUUCAGCCACGCACUCCCGCACGAGCAGCUACGACGACGACGGCGGCUACUCUGCGCCCGAGUACGACCAAGAGUAUCUCACCAUGGGCAUGGGUAUGGGCAGCAGUGUCAGCCGCGGGCGCAGGGGGUGGAGGGACAACCGGUCGGGAGGAGGCUCGCAGCUGCAGCACCCGAGGGUUGCGGCCGUGGCCUCGAUGGGUGCGGGAAGCGGCACGGGUGUCAGUGUCGGUGCGGGCGUGGAGGUGCCCAUGGGAGGCGCGCCGGCGCCGCCCUCGGCUAGGGUCAUGCAGGGCGCGGCGAGCAGGGAGCAGGUCCGCGCUGAUGUGAUGCGCUUGCUGGCUAGCUUUUCGGAGCAGUUGAGUGUUACAAAUGCGUACGUCUCGUCGCUGCCGGUGAGAACGGGGCGGAGAGGGAGUGAGAGCUAUAAUGGUAAUGCGUAA